GCAUACAAAGUUGCCUGCACACAUUGCCUAGACCCAGCGUCCAAGUCGUACACACUUGUUGCAAAGAGGAGGAGGGUUAGAAGAAAGCUAAGGUUGACGACAUGGCCGCCGUGCGGAGGAUGAGGCUCGCUCUGCCGGUGAUCGUGGCGGCGCUCGUGCUGCUGGCGGUGCUCGGCGAGGCGCGGCCGCUGGGGGGCGCGGACUGGGCGGCCGCCGGAGGGACCCCGCUGCCGGCCGUGGUCCAGGCGCUCCGCCGGCUGUACAUGCAGCAGCUGGGCGGGCCGGGCCCGUCGUGCGGCACCAACAGCCCAAACGUCCACUGCCCGCCGUAGAUGGCCGAGGCCGAGCGCCGCAGCUCGGCCGGCGUGCGUACGUCCUCUCGUGUUUGAAGUUCCAACGUGUUUUUGGCGACCCCGGUGGUAGAUUCUGGUGAUCGACUGUAGGAUUGGAUUCGUUGCUUGGUUUGUUGGUGAUUUUUGCCCACGCGUACGUCUACGCUAGUUGGCACUUUGUACAUACUACAUACAAAAGGAAAUACACACAUAUAUUACGUAGGAUUCUGUCUGAA